AUGCGCUCAUACGAGUUCGUCACCAACACACCGCUCAAACUCGACCGUCACAAAGUAUUUCUUGUUGAUGAUGUGGCUGUUACCCGAACCGUCCCUGCACUGCAGCCACUGUCUCCAUCCACCACCGCAUCCUCAUCAUCCAGUAUCAAUAUGAUAGAGAGAUGUGUGGUGGUACAACGACAACCGGACGGCUUCGGACUAACAGUCAAUAAUGAAUUCCCUGUCUUUGUCCACACCUUGAAACAAGACGGAGCCGCGUAUUGUGCCGGUGUUCGACAAGGAGAUCGAAUAGUCAAGGUCAACGGAAUGUCUGUGUCGCCCAACAACCAUCGGGAAGUGCUCCAAAUGAUAUCAAAUGGCCAAAACGUGGCUCUAACGCUACUUGGAAAACCGCCGGAGCCGCUGACAAAUCUUCCAUUUCCUAGUUCACAAAUGGAGCAAAAAAUACAUAUCGCAGAUCCAGUGCUCAUUGAGGCCAGUUCAAAGAGCUGGCGCCAACGGCGGAACGAAUUACUCGGGCAGAUGGUGGAUGAGGAAAGGCGAAACGUCCAGGGACUACGUGAAUCGUCGCAGAAUGGCGAGAAGAUUGAUCGAGCAUUGAAGCGGAUCGUCUCCUUGCAGUCACAAUUGAAACAAAUCAAACCGGAAUCGAUCAUUUCUGAUAGUCAGAAAAGCUUGACCAACCUAAACAUGGACAUUGACAGCGACGAGGAAGAGAAUGAUGUUGUAUAUUUGCCCGAAUCUCAAGGAGGUCCAUUCUCAAAUUUGGCAGAGCUCAAAACACAUCCAGCUCACUUGGCGGUGUUCAUCAAUUAUCUUUUAUCUCAUGGAAAUCCUAGUAGCUUGUUCUUCUACCUAAUAACCGACGCAUAUCAGUCCGCAUACGGCACCGCAAAGGAAUUCCGACGAUGGGCAUUCGAGAUUUUCUCCACGUUCAUUAUUCCAAAUUCGCCGAUGUGUAUUCCCAACUCUAACCAAAGCGUUAUUCAACCCAUUGACAAGAUCAUGUGUAUGACUGCGGAGCAUAUAGGUGAAAGUGAUACCGAUACAUUGAAGCGAAUUUUUGUGCCGGGGAGGCAGCGGGCUGUAACAGACAUUAAUAUGUACCUGAACGACUUUAGACAGAAGAAACAGCUCGGUGGACAGGUGUCUGAAUCAGCAAAUCAACUGACGCAUAUGGUUCGAGGUGACAUGUCGAUGGAGCAACGGGUGAGUGAUGUUGGGGAGCAGAUGUUGUUCCGCUGUCUUGAGCAAGUGAGCAACUCCACUGACUUUGACUCUUGUGAAAUCAAAUCACAAUCCAUCAUUUCCAGCCUUGCCACUGUUAUUAAGGUAGAUUCCCUCUCUAAAAAAAUCGUACUUGGCAAGACAUCAUCGUCGACUAACGAGAAAAUGCUCGACAAGUUUCCGCAGUUCUUGGCACGCGACAAGCCACCCGGAAAGAGUCGCAAAUUGCCGGCAAACAUCAAAAAUCGCAUUCAAGUCAAAGGGCACAACUUCUCAAUCAACUCGGUCAACACUGUGCACUAUUGUUAUCAGUGUCGAGAUGCGAUCUGGGGAAUGCAGCCGUGGAUUUAUUUCUGUAGUAACUGCGAUGUGAAAGUCCACCCACACUGUACUUCGGCGCUGACGGACGCCUGUUACCCGGUAACUCAAUCCAAGCAAAAAUCCAAGUCUCGCCUGUCUGGUCUAAUCGGCCGUUCCGAUGCUAACGAUGAUGAUGACUCGGGUCCGAGUGCACGGCACGAGCCGCCGAAUGUAAAGUCGACCAGCUCAGACAGCGGAAUCGGUGGCGAACACCAUAUGGAUCGCGGCAUGGUCUCCCGGUCGCAUAGCAUGAGAUAUCGCGUUGCUACAAUACCACAAUCGUUGUCUGAAGACAAAGUAUCAAUUCCAAGUUCAAAACGGGAUAGGUCAGCUACACCGAGUUGGCAACGGUCUGCAGGUUAUGAUCUCACGCCAGCCGAUGAGAUUGAUGAAAGUGAUAUCAGUGAUAGGAAAUUGAAAUACUUGGAAAGGAGAUCUCUCGAGAGCUCAAGUCGAAUGGCAAUAGAUCUGCAAAGUGUGAGCGCCGCGUCCAGUUGUUCUCAUCAUAGCGGCUCUGUGGUCACAGAUGACGAUAUUUGCGUUCGUCGCACCACGACUCUUCAGUUCUCAAGAUUCAUGGAUGGCGAUAGCGAUUUCGAGCUGGAAACAGAGGCUACACCUCUAGAGCAGCUCAUCGGAUGGGAUGUACUACGACAUUUAAAACCGAAGGAAAAGAAGCGACAAGAAGUCAUAAAUGAACUUUUCCACACCGAGCGAACUCAUGUUAGGAAUCUCAAAAUUUUGUAUCACCUGUUCUACAAACCACUCUGCACCAACAAAAUGAUCUCCGAAGAACUCAUGACUCUACUCUUUGCAAAUCUCGAAGAACUCCUCGCUCUGCACAAAGGCAUGUCGGAUGCCAUGCGAUCUGAAGUGGAAAAAUGGCGAACUGCGCCUCCACGUGUGAAUGGUGGUAUUUAUGGAGAUAUCGGUUUGCUGAUGGAGAGUAUGUUUGAUGGAGAAGCGGCCGAGAAUUUGAUGAGGGUCACUGCCACGUUCUGUCAGCAUCAACAACAUGCUCUCGAGUUUUUGAGGAAUCGAUGUAAACGAGAAAAGGAUGAUGCUUUUGUGAGGUUUCUCGCAGAUGCAGAAUCCAAUCCGGUUUGCCGGAAACUUCAGCUGAAGGAUAUGAUUCCAGUAGAGAUGCAACGUCUGGUAAAGUAUCCAUUGCUUCUGGAGACCAUUGCAAAGUAUACCACAGAGCCCAGCGAGGAGCAAGAUUGUUUACUCCGAACUGUGACCUCCGCGAAAAAAAUCUUGAGCGCUGUCAACACAGCAAAACGAAAUGCAGAGAACUAUCGACGUUUGGAAGAAUUGCAAAAGCGAACCGACACGUUACCAUUCGAUAAAGAAUUCUUGGGACACGACUAUACAAACUUGAAUCUCACAAAAUUCCGUUUGGUACACGACGGCCCAUUAACAUGUCGGUUCAAUCGAGGAAAAAUGGUCGAGUUGCAUGUCGUUCUUCUCGAGAAUAUUUUAGUGCUGUUCACCAAGUACAGCGAUGGAAACAAACUGGUCUUGAAGGCACUUGAGCCGUCAAAGGAGACCAGAUGGUCACCUAUCCUCCCAUUAGCUCCGUUGAUUGCCAAGGAGAAGGCGAAUGACAAGCGAGCGUUCUUUUUGAUUUUCAACAGUCAGUAUGGGGCACAGAUUUAUGAGCUUGUUGCGGGAACUGCAACUGAACGUAAAACCUGGUUCAAAAUAAUGGGUGAACAAAUCGCCAUCGAGAAACGCAACGCCUCCUCGGGCAUCGAUCACAACUUUGAUGUGGGCGCAUCAACAAGUCUCGACUCGGAUGGAAUUGCUAAAGUGAAUGUGGUCACUCAUCCGCGACUCGUCAACGCCAACGAGAUCACAAUUCAACAGCCGACCAUACUAGAGCACGCACAGCCAGUGCUCACGCCGGCGGAGAAGUUGAAGCGAAGCGAUGAGAUUAUUAUUCAGACGCUGGUUACGAAGCAAACUAUUCUGGCACAGUUGUUGACAACAAAUGAUGAAACGGUAGGUAGUUGUACCUGUGGAAAAAGCUCUUUCGUAGAAAGGGCAUUUCAAACUCUAGCUUUUUUUCAGAAAGGCAACACAGAAGAGCUUGAGAAAAUCACCGAGACGCUUGGAGGGUUGGCAGUGUCCGAUUUAAAGCAACGAGAUGGGAAAGAGCUUGCCAUGUCUGCCAUUGUCCAUGGUAAUCGUCUCCUAGACAGUAUCAAUCAGAGCCUGAACAUUCGGAAGGAGAUGGGAGAGAAUGGUCAAGACGUCUUCAUUCUGCAAAACCAGGAGCCAUCCAACGUUCCAUCGGUUCCUUCCUAUAGGUUAACCACAAUCGCUGCCCCCUUGAUGAAUCAUCUGAAAGCUCUCAUGCAAGUGAUUCAAGACCAGCAAAAUGAACUGAACUUGGUCAAACAGCAGUUGUACCAGUAUAAGCAAAAACUCACCGAAGUCGAGCCACGAGACCGAUCUGUUUCCGAGGAAACCCUAACGGAUCUAGACGAACGAUCGAGAACCAAACGACCCCGACUUCCAUCAAUACAACCAAUUUCAUAA